AUGUUUGGCAUCUGUGUGCUGCAGCUCUCCUGGGGUCGAGCCUUUCAAGAAACCAAACAAAACCAGGCCCUGGUGAAAGUUCUGCAUGUGCCCAUUCCCCCCAUAUCCGCGGCCCCCAGCGUGGAUCUGCCUUUGGAGCAGCUCCGGUACUUGGCAGUGGAGCUGCGGCUGCUCAUGACUCGAGUGCGGGUUAGCGAAGCCCGGAAGACCACAGAGGAGUUUAAUCGGGAGAAGUUUUGGAAAAGACUCAAUGACGCAGCUGAGAAUGUGUCGAGGGAAGCCACGAAUCUGACCGUCUUCUCUUGACUUCCACUGUCGUCUCCACAGAAAACUCAGAUGUGCUGUGAGAAAGUCCAUGCUGCCAUCAAGGCAAUUACUGCAGUGUACUAUUCACUUCCCAAGGAUCAGGGAAUCACUCUACGAAAGCUGGUACGGAGUGCUACUCUGGAUAUUGUGGAUGGCAUGGCCCAGCUUUUGGAAGUGCUUUCUAUCACUCCAGCUCAAAGCCCAGAGAACAAGGAUCUUAUUUCCUGCAGCAGUGUCUGGGUUGCAUGCGAGCAGAUGCCUCAGACACCAAGAGAUAACAAAGCUGCAGCCCUUUUAAUGCUGACAAAGAGUGUGAAUUUUGUGAAAGAUGCACUAGAGGAAAUGGAGUGCACUGUGGAAGAAUGUGACCCUUACUCUGGCCUCUUGAAUGACUCUGAGGAGGACAACUCUGAUAACCCUGAUAAUGAGGAGGAGGAUGUGUUGGGGUUUCCAAAUAAUCGGGACAUAUACUGGUCAGAGGAAGAUCAAGAACUCAUAAUCCCAUGCCUUGCCCUGGUGAAAGCAUCCAAAGCCUGUCUGAAGAAAAUCCGGAUCUCAGUGGCAGAGAAUGGGAAGAAGGACCAGGUGGCCCAGCUGGACGACAUUGUAGAUAUUUCUGAUGAGAUCAGCCCCAGUGUGGAUGAUUUGGCUCUGAGCAUAUAUCCCCCUAUGUGCUACCUGACAGUGUGAAUCAAUUCUGUGAAACUUGUAUCCAUUUUAAAGAAGGCACUUGAAAUUACAAAAGCAAGUCAUGUGACCCCUCAGCCAGAAGAUAGUUGGAUCCCUUUACUCGUCAGUGCAGUAGAUCAUUGCAUGAACAGAAUCAAGGAACUCACUCAGAAUGAACUUGAAUUAUGAGUUUUCAGGCUUGUUUGUACUCUCCUCCUCUUUCCCUUUCUUACUGUUAUAGC